AUUGAAUUGGGACACCGUUCCUUCGUCUGCCAUGCGCACGCGCUAGAUUUUGCUCGAAAUCUCUUCGCCUCGUGCAAAGACUAGAACUGAAUUGGAAAACGAAAUUGUGCCUUUUUAGCUCUAUCGAAAUUCAUUUAAUUCCUAGCUGCUCACUGCUUAAUUUCCCUCUCAUAAUUGGGAGAAUGAUCCGGUUCAUACUGCUACAGAACAGGCAGGGAAAGACCCGUCUUGCCAAGUACUACGUUCCUCUCGAGGAUUCCGAGAAGCACAAAGUCGAAUACGAGGUUCAUCGAUUGGUGGUAAACAGAGAUCCCAAAUUCACAAAUUUUGUCGAGUUCCGCACACACAAAGUAAUAUACAGGCGAUAUGCAGGGUUAUUUUUCUCGCUCUGUGUUGACAUUACUGAUAAUGAGUUGGCCUAUUUGGAGUGCAUCCAUCUAUUUGUCGAGAUUUUGGACCAUUUCUUCAGCAAUGUGUGCGAGCUAGAUUUGGUUUUUAACUUUCACAAGGUUUAUUUGAUACUUGAUGAAUUCAUUCUUGCUGGAGAGCUCCAAGAAACAAGCAAAAAGGCGAUUAUUGAGAGAAUGGGCGAGCUGGAGAAGUUAGAGUGAAAAUUUUCUGUGUUUCAGGUGUGCAAUCUGUCGCUUUUUUUUUUUUUUUUUUUUUUUUCCUGUAAUUAUUCAGAAAAAUCAUUACUGCCAAUUUCCCCUUGUAUAUCAGAAAAUCGAACGAGAAAAAGUGUUUCCUUUAUCAUUACUGUACCGUGGUCCCCCACUUCUUUUCCCACUUUGCUGCCUGUGAAUAAAACGAGACUCUGCACGUUCACAAUGCA